ACCAAAAAUAGGCAGAAAAAAAGCUACUAGAACCCCUGCAUCAGCACCGGUCAGGAAACUACCGUAGAUAAUACCGUGGCUGGUCAAUGAAUGGCAUGGUUGAACAACUGAACCGGUGAACCACGGUGUAAUUGGAUUACUGUGCUGACGACGCUCCCAGUCUAUUGCCUGCAAACUGCUGGUAGGAUUCAGCUCAGCAUCAUUCUUUAAGAAGCAGAAUAUCUUUGUUGAAGCUAGGUGGCUAACAUUAGCUAUCCAGCUAACUAAAACCCCCGUAAAAAGUGCAUUAGUUAUAGCAGCUAGCUAGUUAGCAUAGUACAUGUUCUGUCCUGCAGUGUACAGUAGGCAGCAUCUCAUAUUACUUGCGCUGGUCUGAUGGGAUUGAGGGUUAUCGGAUGUGACGGCGAACGGGACCUUGGCUAACGUUAACUAGCUAGAAUGAUGAUGAUCCUCUGGACCACAGCCUAGAUGGCUCAGUCAGGACAACAACGUUAGUGAGCUCCGUACCUAGCUAAGACUUUAACUAGCUAUGUUUUUGCUAAGCAGCAGAAGCGAUGUAAAAUAAUCAUCAUUAAUUAGUCUUAUCCUUAACAGGAUCCAACUGGAUUUGGCAAUACAUAGCUAUGAUUAGAGAUAGAGUAAGUAAGUGGCACUGCAUUGUUUACUAAAAAAGUAUAUAACUCAUCCUCCUUUCUUUUCACACACUUUAUUUCAUCCUGCUGCCCGUCAUUGUACACAGCAGUUCUCAAAGUAUGAUAAAUGACUAGGUUGAUUGAAAGACACAGUAACAAAUCGUGACAUAACCACUGUGAUGAAGAAAUAUCGGACUGUGUAUCAGUAGUUGGGGUCAACUACUUUGUACUGAAUCUCCUCUGUCCUCCGUGGCUGAGUGGUAGGUAGUCCAAGCCAUGUCGUGGCUGUGGCCCCUGCUCCCUGCCCUGGUACUCUUUUCUGUGUUGUCUGUGGUUCGAGUACAGACUGCACCAUGCCAGACCUGCCGCAAGCUCACUGACAGCUUCAUCAAGGGACUGGAUAAAACAUCCAAUAAGAAUUUUGGGGGUGGCAACACUGCUUGGGAGGAGGAAAAUCUGGCUAAAUAUGCUCGCAGUGAAACCAGGUUGCUGGAGAUAGUGGAGGCAGCGUGUGAGAAAUCAGACUUAGACUGUAACAAACUACUGGAGCAGAUAGAGGACCAAGUGGAGACAUGGUGGUUCCACCGGCAGCAAGAGGCUCCAGACCUAUUUGAGUGGUUGUGUAUAGAAGAGCUCCCGCUCUGCUGUCCCCCGGGACAUUUUGGACCAGACUGCAAAGAGUGUCUGUCUGGUCCUGGAGGGGUGUGUGGUGGUCUGGGCCGCUGUGAAGGAGAGGGCACGCGUCUGGGAGAUGGAGAAUGCGUGUGUGACCCGGGGUACUUCGGUCAGCUGUGUCAGAGCUGUGCAGACGGCUAUUACAGAGAGAAGAGCUCCAAUCACAGCACACCAGCCUGCGCAGCAUGCUACCGCUCUUGUAAAAAGUGCUCAGGGCCAGAGAACUACAAAUGUCUGGAAUGCAAACCUGGGUGGCUCUUCCAUGACAACAAGUGUGUUGACACUGAUGAAUGUGGCACAGAGCUGGCUCGAUGUUCCUCCAACACCUAUUGCCACAACACAGAUGGAUCGUACGAGUGCAGAGGCUGUGACCAGGCAUGUGUGGGCUGUAUGGGCAGUGGUCCAGCCCGCUGUAAGAAAUGUGCUCGGGGAUACAAGCUCAGAGGAGCCAAAUGUCUCGAUGUGGAUGAAUGUAGUGAGAGGGCGAUAGCAUGUCCAGGGCUGAAUGAGGCGUGUUUCAAUGACGAGGGGUCCUUCCGCUGUGAAUGUGCUGACGGCUUCAUUCGUAGAGACAGCAUCUGUGUGGAGAACCAUCCGCUGAGUGGUCCAGAGAAGGGUCUGUUUGAUGACAUGACUGAUGACGAGGUCCUGGUCCUGCAGCAGAUGUUCUUUGGCGUGGUCAUCUGUGCCUUAGCAACGCUCGCCGCCAAGGGCGACAUGGUCUUUACCGCCAUCUUCAUCGGGGGCGUGGCCGCCAUGGCUGGAUACUGGCUGUCAGAGAAGGGCGACCGCAUGCUGGACGGCUUCCUAAAGGGACGCUAGCCUACCAGGAGCUAGGGAUACAGGACAGAGGAAGGAACUCUUGAAUGCAAACCAAUGAGGGCGACAAAGACUGAGGGGUGACGGCUACAGGAAUGCUAGCCAAUCAGGGAUGUACUAUACUACUUUGGGGGUGUUGGCUUGGGAUGAUUGUGGGUCUUCUGGAUUGUGAACCUUUGAGAUAAGAGACCUUGGAGCUUAGUGAAAUUAGAGAGCUCAAUGGAGGAAUGAAUAUAGAAGACCGGGUACUACUUAAUCCAAGAACACUGAAAAGACACUGGACUGUCUUUCUGCACUGAUAUGGGAGACCAAAACCCAAGCCUCUUGCCUCAACUCAUGGAAUCCCAAAAAAACAUUUCCACUGAAUUUCAGCCGUGACCCAAAAGGACCAGCUGACAUGAUUCUCUCGUUAACACAGGUGUGAGUGUUGACGAGGACAAGGCUGGAGAUCACUCUGUCAUGAUGAAAAGGGAGGGAGUGCAGGUCUGAUAAGACCACUACUGAUUGUUACCAAGUUAUUAUGCAUUUGUAUCUUCUACUGAGCAAAAUAUUGCUCCAAAAUGAUGUCUGUCCAUUUCCACACAUCCCAACCCAAACUUCUUAGCUACCCCUCUUACCUCAUCAGUAUUCUACUGUUCAUCAUUUCACCUUAUACUGAGGAACAGCGGUGUUUCCCUGGUAAUGGAAGGUGAUAUGGGAUGGUCAGUGGGGUGUUGAAGCACUAAAGACUGCUGCUAUAGUGGACAUGGGAAAUGUGUAGGAAAGGACAGAUACUUCCUGUUGCACCAGUGAAAUUAUGUCCAAUGUUAUAUAACACUAUUUAUUAUCGCGUCCCUAUUAUGACUGUUUUUGAACUUAUUCUUACUGUAUGAAUGCAUGAGAAAGGCGAUACUGUAUGUAUUUAUUAUCCUGAUAGGCAUGAAAGACUGAACUUUAUAGAGCUGCUUGUUUCCCCCUUAAACUGUUCAACAAGGAUCAUCACUUCUGUGUCACCACCCCAAACCCUAGUGCCUGAGCAGUGUGCAUGAGAAAGCAAGAGAGUAAAAGGCAGCAGUCCUAGUGAAGAUGUCACCCAUUGUAUUGUUUUGCAAUAAUUUAUUUCUGAACAUAAUGUUUUUGCAAAAACCUUAAAGAUUUUUAUUCUAUAUCUGUUUGAUAUGUGUGUGUGAUCAGCACCAGGCAAAAUGGGGUACUGUACAGUCGUGGCCAAAAGUUGAGAAUGACACACAUAUUAAUUUUCACAAAGUCUGCGGCCUCAGUUUGUAUGAUGGCACUUUGCAUAUACUCCAGAAUGUUAUGAAGAGUGAUCAGAUGAAUUGUAAUUCAUUGCAAAGUCCCUCUUUGCCAUGCAAAUUAACUGAAUCCCCAAAAAACAUUUCCACUGAAUUUCAGCCGUGACCCAAAAGGACCAGCUGACAUGAUUCUCUCGUUAACACAGGUGUGAGUGUUGCUUUGCACAAAACGGGAUUCACGGGCAAGGAUAUUGCUGCCAGUAAGAUUGCACCUAAAUCAACCAUUUAUCAGAUCAUCAAGAACUUCCAAGGAGAGCGGUUCAGUUGUUGUGAAGAAGGCUUCAGGGCGCUCAAGAAAGUCCAGCAAGCACCAGGACCGUCUCCUAAAGUUGAUUCGGCUGCGGGAUUGGGGCACCACCAGUACAGAGCGUGCUCAGGAAUGGCAGCAGGCAGGUGUGAGUGCAUCUGCACGCACAGUGAGGCAAAGACUUUUGGAGGAUGGCCUGGUGUCAAGGGCAGCAAAGAAACCACUUCUCUCCAGGAAAAACAUCAGGGACAGACUGAUAUUCUGCAAAAGAUACAGGGAUUGGACUGCUGAGGACUGGAGUAAAGUCAUUUUCUCUGAAUCCCCUUUCCGAUUGUUUGGGGCAUCCGGAAAAAAGCUUGUCCGGAAAAGACAAGGUGAGCGCUACCAUCAGUCCUGUGUCAUGCCAACAGUAAAGCAUCCCGAGACCAUUCAUGUGUGGGGUUGCUUCUCAGCCAAGGGAGUGGGCUCACUCACAAUUUUGCCUAAGAACACAGCUAUGGAUAAAGAAUGGUACCAACUUCUCCCAACCAUCCAGGAACAGUUUGGUGACGAACAAUGCCUUUUCCAGCAUGAUGGAGCACCUUAACAUAAGGCAAAAAUGAUAACUAAGUGGCUCGGGGAACAAAACAUUGAUAUUUUGGGUGCAUGGCCAGGAAACUCCCCAUACCGUAAUCCCAUUGAGAACUUGUGGUCAAUCCCCAAACAAAAACCCACAAAUUUUGACAAACUCCAAGAAUGGGCUGCCAACAGUCAGGAUGUGGCCCAGAAGUUAAUUGACAGCAUGCCAGGGUGGAUUGCAGAGGUCUUGAAAAGAAGGGUCAACACUUUAAAUAUUGACUCUGCAUCAACUUCAUGUAAUUGUCAAUAAAAGCCUUUGACACUUGUGAAAUGCUUGUAAUUGUACUUCAGUAUUCCCUAGUAACAUCUGACAAAAAUAUCUAGACACUGAACCAGCAAAGUUUGUGGAAAUUAAUUUGUCUCCUUCUCCAAACUUUUUGCCACGACUGUACAAAGCACAAGUGUAUUUUAUCAGAACUGUGUCAACAUGUGCAUCCACUCAAUCCCAACACGUUGUUCCACCCUCAUCCUGAGUAUCUCCGUGCGCUUAGAAUAAAACAUUUAUUCAAAUGACA